UUUCCCCCCCUCUUGUUCGCCGACACAUGGGGUCACAAGAGCUGAAUGGGUUCACACCAUAGACUGUAAAUAUUGGUGCACAGUGACGGGCUGCCUCGGACGCGGACGCACGCAGACGCCGAUGAGAGCGCGCGCGCUAAUUAGGAAAACCUGGUUGAGCAAUUAAGCGCGAGGAGAGAAGACUCAAAGUUUGUUAAGACAGUUUAGUAUCUUUCUACCCGUUCAUUAAACCCCGGUGGAGCUUCUUUUUUGUAUCAUCGGGGAAUUGAUUUUACGAGAAGUCUAAAUUUACUCAAAGUGGGUUCCACGUCAGGAGUUUUGGGAUCUGCGCGUCCCGGAAAGCGAGCUGGUUUAGCUCCCCGGUCACCUCGGCACCAUGAGCUGGAGCUUCCUCACUCGUCUGCUGGACGAGAUCUCCAACCACUCCACCUUUGUGGGAAAGGUCUGGCUGACUGUGCUCAUCAUCUUCCGCAUCGUGCUCACAGCCGUCGGCGGCGAAACCAUCUACUACGAUGAGCAGAGUAAAUUUGUCUGUAACACGCAGCAGCCUGGCUGUGAAAACGUCUGUUACGAUGCGUUCGCGCCGCUCUCGCACGUCCGUUUCUGGAUCUUUCAGGUGAUCAUGAUCACGACCCCCACCAUUAUGUAUCUGGGAUUUGCGAUGCACAAGAUCGCGAGGAAUGAAGACGGCGAGUAUCGGCCUGUUCGCAAACAGAAGAAGAGGAUGCCCAUCGUGAGCCGAGGGGCGGUCCGAGACUACGAAGAGGCGGAGGACAAUGGAGAGGAAGACCCCAUGAUCGCUGAAGAAAUCGAAACAGAAAAACCAGAUAAAGUAGAAAAAAGCUCAGAGAAAAAGCAUGACGGUCGUCGGAGAAUCCUCCGCGACGGCCUGAUGAAGGUGUACGUGUGCCAGCUGAUGUGGCGCUCGGCUUUUGAGGUAGCCUUCCUCUUCGGCCAGUACGUCCUCUACGGCUUCGAGGUGAUCCCCUCCUACGUGUGCACCCGCUCACCCUGCCCGCACACCGUCGACUGCUUCGUGUCGCGCCCGACAGAGAAAACCAUCUUCCUUCUGGUGAUGUACGUCGUGUCCUUCCUCUGCCUUCUCCUCACCGUCUUUGAGAUCAUCCACCUCGGCAUCGGCGGCGUUAGGGACACCUUCCGCAGGCGGGCAACGCUGACCCCCCGAGGCCCCCAUCCAAAGUCAUCACGCGCCAUGCCAACAGCUCCGCCAGGAUACCAUGCCACCAUGAAGAAGGAGAAGCUCAAAGGAGAGCUGAAGGACUUGCCGAUAGGCGACUCCGGGAGGGAGAGCUUCGGGGACGAGGUGCACUCGUCCAAGGAGCUGGAUCGGUUGAGGAGGCACCUGAAGCUCGCCCAGCAGCACCUGGACCUGGCCUAUCAGGCGGAUGAAGGAAGUCCUUCACGGAGCAGCAGCCCCGAGGUGAACACGGCUGCAGAGACGGCAGCCGAGCAGAACCGCCUAAACUUUGCCCAGGAGCAGCAGGGAGAGACCAGUGAGCAAGGAAUACAUGCCUGAGCGUGCUUCCUGCCUCAGACGUCUGCGCCUCCAUUCCUACUGGCCUUAAACACAUGGGGGAAGCACAUAUGGGAGUGCAGUCAGACCACUGAGGGAGACCAAGAGCGUAUGUUUGCGUGUCUGUGUGUGUGUGUGUGGAUGGGAGAAACGUGCCUUUCAGUAUUAGGGGUCAGUCUGAAAGCUGACUGAGGUUCAUCUCCACGACUGUAAACUUGAAAGCCGGCCACAUCUCCAGCUUCUACUUGCUUACCUACGUAAAAAAAAAAAAACCUUGUCUACACCCUUUUUUUUUUUUUUUUUUUUCCCCUGAACGCCCACUCUGUGUUUUUGUGGCCAUGCUAUAAUCCUCCAUUUCAGACCUCGCCAGGAUUAUGGAAAGCUUUAAACUCCUCCGGCCAAGUCUACUUUUGUUGUCUUCAUCACAAAAGAGUGGCUCUCUGUUUAUAAAAUGUCCCCAAAUCCUAACUUUGUUGGCUUCAGAGAGGUUUUCAAACAACACAGCCUUGGGUUAUGUCGUGUCUGGAGCACGAGCAGUAGAAUCUUUUCCAACAAGGGUGGCUAAACCUGUACUAGAUGGUUCAUCUUUCAUGUGCAAGAGAAACAGAUCUCAUUGUAGGGAUUAUUGGUGUUUAUUAGCUGGAAACCACAGCAUUCAUUUCAAAAGUAUCUGACAGAUUUUGUAGCCUGUAUAUUUGCUCAAAUCGGCCAAAAUGUUUACCUGGGAAAUGCUUGAAUUCUUAAACAGGAAAUGUUCCAAGAGAUUUCCAAGAACCAUUUUUAUUGGUACAAUCAUUUAUAAUUUUUUUUCUUUCAGUUUCUUGACCAAAGCUCUUGAUUAGUUUCCUUUUGUCUAGAUUAGAAGGAAAUGUUGGCAUCUUAACGCCACCUGUUUCACAUAACUGCUGAAAACUAGGCUCUUGGAUGAUAGAUACUCCUUUUUUUUUUUUCUCCUUCCCUGAAUUAUGUACAAAACAAAUGAUUCAUAAUGUUAGUGCAGAAAGCUUAGAAAAUAUCACUUUUUCUUUUGUCAAACAGCUGAAAACAUCUGUCUCCUGGGCUACCGUCAACAAUGACAUUCCAUCCUCCGUCUUUUGAAUUUACAUAUUUCUCCGCUGAGACAUAUUUUCCACCCUUGACGUGCACCACUGCCCCUCCGUCGUGCUGAAACAUGGGUGCUUUUCAUGCAUCCGGGGGAAAGAAACACAAACCCAGCUGAGGAGAGGAUGACAGUUGGCUGCUGACGCACAACCCGGCACCAUGUAAACACACACAUUCUCCAUUCAUCAUGAGACUUUUGAUCAAUAGCUUUCUGUGUUCAGUGUACUUUGGUUUUAUGAUCUUUGGCUGGAAUAAUGAAACUGCAGAUCGCCAAAGAGCUUUUUGAUGCUGUAUUUUUGUAAUCAUCUCAAAUUCAACUUUCAUACAAGGUACGACGUUCCAUUUUUGAAUAUGGUACUUCUUCAAUGCUUUUUUUUUUUCUAUUGUCAGUUUUGUAGUUUUUGUAACUGUAGAGAUUAUUUUGUCUUCAGAGUAAAUAAAUAUAUUUGAACAAUA